UUAUCUUUGUUGCACAUAUAAAGGCAACACAAAUCUCAAACAAUUGCGGUUGGUGAAUGGUGGAAUGAACGGACAGGUACGACCUGAACGGUAGCAAGCUCUUUAUGCCCUCUCUUUGUGUAUAAAGCGGGUCCGUCACUCGAAAAAAGGUGCUCUUGUUGCCGUGUGAGUAUUAUUCUUUCUUUGCUGCACAUAUAUAAAGUAGUUUUUAUAACGAACAAUGUCAAAGUUAACAUUACUGAAUCUAGCAUUGCAAACGACAACAAAAGUCUCAAGUCAUUGCGUUGAUCAGUUCUUGGCUGUUUUGACGGUUGUACAGCCACUUUCCAACCACACAACAUGCUGCGUUGUAGACUUUGGGCUCUAUGUUGGCGAUCACGAAACAGCCGAGACCAGUCCUUCAAGCCAUAGUUGGCGAUCACGAAACAGCCGAGACCAGUCCUUCAAGGUGAUAUAUAUUGGUUUGGAUAACAUUCUUAAAGGCAUACGUGAGGGGAGGAUUAUAAUUGUUAUUGCCAUUGAUUGUUACGAUUCUCUUUUCUUUAAUAUUCAUAGUAGGCGAUCACGAAACAGCCGAGACACAUCCUUCAGGAAUCAGAAAGAAAAGAAAAAAAAACUUGCAAAAGGAAUCUCUGCCUUUAAAAUUUUUUUCGCCUGCCAAGAAAUAACACUGAUUUCUAAUAGGGCGAAAUGGUUUCUAAAAAUAACGACUUCCACUUGUGAAAGCGCGAAUUUGAUUUUGAUUGGUUAGCGAUUUCAAUUUUAAUUGGCCAGCGAAUUCGAUUCUAACGGCACCGACUUCGGUUGUUGGAAGCACUGUACAGUAUUUUCAAUAAGUAAUGUCGCAGCCAAUGAACAUCAAUGUCGCGCCCGAUGAAA